AUGUCGAGCCAAUUCGAGCUUGCGCAAAACCCCACCGAACCCAUAUCUGCCGUCAAAUUUGCGACCAACAAUCCGACGCGGUUACUCGUCUCAUCCUGGGACCGCCAUGUCUACCUCUACGAUACCCACGCUGAGCCUGGCGGAAAGCUGCUGCAAAAGUUCGAACACCGCGCGCCAGUACUAGAUGUCUGCUUCGGGCGCAACGACAACGAGGCCUUCUCAUGCGGCUUGGAUUGGGAAGUGCGGAGGAUUGAUCUCGAGACGGGCGCGCAAACCAUCAUGUCUACGCAUUCGCAGGGUGUUCGCAACGUCCUCUUCUCUGCCGCACACAACCUUCUCAUCUCUUCAUCGUGGGACUCUACACUACAUCUGCACGACCUUUCACAACCAGGCGACUUCUCUGCUGUCCGCCUGCCCUCGAAACCCUUUUCGCUUUCCGCAUCGCCCACCAAAUUGGUAGUUGCCAUGGCCAGCAGAGCAGUCAACAUCUACGAGUUGGAGAAGCUAGCAGCUGCAGCUAAGACGGCCGACGAAGAGGAGGUGAACGUAGAGCCGUGGCAGCAGAGGGAGAGCUCGAUGAAGUACAUGACACGCGCCGUAUCCUGCAUGCCCAACGACGCCGGCUACUCUAGUUCGAGUAUCGAAGGACGUGUUGCGGUUGAAUGGUUCGAUCCAUCUGAAGAGUCGCAGUCGCGGAAAUACGCAUUCAAGUGCCACAGACAACAAGUGGAUGGUCAGGAUGUCGUGUACCCAGUUCACGCACUGGCGUACCACCCAGUCCAUGGUACAUUUGCGACAGGAGGAGGUGACGGCAUAGUGGCGCUUUGGGAUGCCGUGGCAAAGAGGAGAAUACGACAGUACCAGAAGUUCCCUGCCAGCGUCCAGACGAUUGACUUCUCCAACGACGGCAAGUAUGUGGCCAUUGGAGUCAGUCCGGGAUUCGAGGACGGCGUGGAUGAUGUCCCAGAUGGCGUUACAAAGGUAUUCAUUCGGGAACUCAGUGCAACGGAAGCUUCAGGCAAGAAGAAAUAGCAUGUUGUGGAUCUCGCAAAGAUAUUUAGUCCUGGUCCCUCGACUUGCUUACGGGAGCGAUAACUGU